AGCUAACUUCACACAAUUACGCGAAACAAUUUUGAAACAUGGCUUCGGUAAAGUUUGCAGUUAUUGAUGUUAACGAUUAUUUAUCUAAAAAACAGGCUGCAGAGCCAGAUUUAGCCGCAGACUGGGCAAAACUAGAGGAGCUUUAUAAUAAAAAAUUAUGGCAUCAGCUUACACUAAAAUUACAGGAUCUUGUCCUCCAUCCAUCCUUGCAAAGCGGCGACAAUCUAAUACAACUAUACAGCAACUUUAUCACUACAUUUGAAAACAAAAUAAAUCCUCUAUCGUUGGUUGAAAUUAUUGUCCAUGUGGUCAAACAAUAUACCGACAAGAAAGAGGCUAUUGCCUUCUUGGAGAAAGUGGAGGCAAAAGUUAAAAUGAAUGAUGAAGCCUUGGCUUUGUGUAAAGUACUCCAAGGUCAAAUCUAUCUGGAACAUCUAAACGACUUGGAUUCAACAGAGAAAAUUAUUGAACAAUUGGAGGGUAGUUUGGAAGAUGCUGAUGGAGUCACACCGGUGCAUGGACGCUUCUAUAAACUGGCUUCUGAGUACUAUCGUGUCCGCGGACCAAUGGGCCGCUACUACCGCGCAGCCCUACGCCACGUGGGCUGCGCUAACGGCGGCGCCGACUUGCCGCCCGCCGAGAGACGAGCGGCCGCACUACCGCUGGCGUUGGCCGCUGUGCUAGCGCCCGAUGUGUACGAUUUGGGUGAACUGUUAGCGCAUCCAAUCCUAGAGUCGCUUGAAGGCACUCCAGAUGCAUGGGCAUGUGAAUUGGUGAAAGCUGUGGCCGCUGGUGAUGUCGUCGCUUUUGAGAAAAUUAGGGCUCAAUCCCCCCACCAAGAAUUACAUCGUGCUGAUCGUCAGUUGAGACAGAAGAUAGCCAUUUUGUGUCUUAUGGAGAUGGCAUUUAACCGCACAUCGUCACAACGCAAGCUGACCUUUGCGGAGAUAGCUCGAGAGGCGAGGGUCCCUCAUGAUGAAGUGGAAUUACUGGUGAUGAAGGCGCUCGCUGAGAAACUUAUCAGAGGACAUAUUGAUCAGGUGAACGAAACAGUAAUGGUGUCGUGGGUUCGCGCACGAGCCCUCGGUCGAGGCGGUUGCGGAGCCCUAGCGCGUCGUCUCGGUGCGUGGUGCUCCGCUGCGGCCUCCGCGGCGGACCUGCUAGCGGGCGCAGCCCCUGAUAUACUCACUGUUUAAAUAUAUUAUAUUGGCAUU